UAGUUUGUGUUCCCUACAUCCGCUGUAAUUGCCAUUCAAAGUGAAGUUUUUUUUUUCUGAAUUCUAUUUUAUCAUCGUUUUGACAUUCUACACGAUGCUAAUGAUACAAUUAUUAGUGUUUUAUUGUACUGUGAUAUCUGUGACGUCCGACAGAGCGUGUGAUGUAUGUAUCUGCAGUGGUACAGAGGUAGACUGUGUUUGGAAGUCGUUAAAAGAAAUCCCGACGGACAUCCCAAAGGAUACAACAGAGCUGGACCUCAGAAACAAUCAAAUAACAAAGAUACCUGAUACAGCAUUCUCUGGUCUGGUGAAUUUACAGACUCUGUACCUGCAAUACAAUCAAAUAACAAAGAUACCAGAGGCAGCAUUCUCCGAUCUGGUGAAAUUACGAAUUCUGUGAGUGUAUUUUAAAUGUAUUUUUGUAGACUAAAAUAAAAUAGGGGGCUAAAUGGUAAUCGAAUAAGAGAGAUACCCUCGACAGCGUUCUCCAGUCUGGUGGAUUUACGAGAACGUUAAGUGUAUUUUACUUUUUGAAAAAAAAAUAAAUAAAGAAGGAUGAU